CAUUGUGAUGAAGAGUGACAAGGAAAUUGUUGGCACCCUUCUAGGUUUCGAUGACGUUGUUAAUAUGGUAUUGGAAGAUGUCACUGAAUUUGAAAUCACACCAAAAGGAAGAAAAAUAACUAAAUUAGAUCAGAUUUUGCUAAAUGGAAAUAACAUAACAAUGCUGGUUCCUGGAGGAGAAGGACCUGAAGUAUGA